CUCAGCUGGAAUGCAGUUCUGAGUUUGGGAGUUUGGCAGUGGCUGCUGUGUAACAGGCUGGUCUCGAGCUAGGGGCAACAAAAGCAAACACGUCUUGCUGUAGAAAAAUGCCCCACUUCACAGUGGUGCCGGUGGAAGACAAUCGUACUUCGAACUAUGACAGUUUGGAGGGCAUCAACUGGGUUGAUUACAGAGAUGCAGGGCCGGGUUCGAGAGACCACAAUGACACAGUAAGCUCUGAUGGUCACGGCCAACAUAAAGAAAAUAGCCCUUUUCUGAAUAGCGCUGACACGGCAAAUGGAAAUGACUACUAUGACAAGAACUUGGCCUUGUUUGAGGAGGAGCUGGACAUUCGCCCCAAGGUGUCCUCCCUCCUCAACCGGCUGGUCAACUACACCAUCAUCACCCAGGGAGCCAAGGAGCACGAGGAGGCAGAGAGUGCAGAGGGCUCCAAGAAGAUCCCAAAGGCCCCCAGCAUGGGCACCCUGAUGGGGGUGUACCUGCCAUGCCUGCAGAAUAUCUUCGGGGUGAUCCUGUUCCUGCGCAUGACCUGGAUCGUAGGCACGGCAGGGAUCAUGCAGUCUCUCCUGAUAGUUUUAAUAUGCUGCUGCUGUACAAUGUUAACAGCCAUAUCAAUGAGUGCCAUUGCUACGAAUGGUGUGGUUCCAGCUGGAGGUGCCUAUUUCAUGAUCUCCAGGUCGCUGGGCCCUGAGUUUGGGGGCGCAGUGGGCCUGUGUUUUUACUUGGGGACCACCUUCGCAGCAGCCAUGUAUAUUCUGGGUGCAGUUGAAAUAUUACUAAAAUACAUCGUUCCCGAGGCAGCAAUAUUCCACAGCAGCGACGUGAACGACAUGGACAGUGCCAUGCUGAACAAUAUGAGAGUCUAUGGGACCCUUUUCCUCAGCUUCAUGGCUCUGGUUGUCUUUGUGGGGGUGAAAUAUGUCAACAAGUUCGCCUCUCUCUUCUUGGCUUGCGUGAUAAUAUCCAUUUUGUCAAUAUAUGCUGGGGCAGUCAAAUCCAUUUUUCUCCCUCUGGAGUUUCCGAUCUGCAUGUUGGGCAACAGGACGCUCUCUAGAGACUUGUUUGACGUCUGUGCAAAGACGGUGGUGGAAAACAACGUGACUGUCGCAAGCAAGCUGUGGGAGAAUUUCUGCAGCACUGCAAACAUGACGGUGGAAACAUGUGAUGAAUAUUUCGCACACAACAAUGUCACUGAAAUACAGGGGAUCCCCGGUCUGGCCAGUGGUAUCAUAAGAGGCAACCUGUGGGCCAGCUACAUGGAGAAAGGUGAGAUCUUGGAGAAGCCUGGCUUGCCCUCCGCAGAUGUGCACGGAUCUCUGAGUAACCUGUACCUGUAUGUGUCCUCUGACAUCGCCACCUCCUUCACUGUGCUCGUGGGCAUCUUCUUCCCCUCCGUGACCGGAAUUAUGGCUGGUUCCAAUAGAUCCGGAGAUCUCAAAGACGCACAGAAAUCCAUCCCUGUUGGGACAAUCCUGGCUAUCAUCACAACAUCACUAGUUUACUUCAGUUCUGUGGUGUUGUUCGGAGCUUGCCUUGAAGGGGUGGUCCUACGAGAUAAAUUCGGGGAUGCUGUGAAGAAGACCCUGGUGGUGGGAACACUGUCCUGGCCCUCCCCCUGGGUCAUUGUCAUUGGCUCCUUCUUCUCCACCUGCGGGGCCGGCCUGCAGAGCCUGACCGGGGCGCCUCGGCUCCUGCAGGCCAUCUCCAAGGACAACAUCAUCCCCUUCCUGCGGGUGUUUGGUCAUGGGAAGGCCAAUGGGGAGCCGACCUGGGCGCUGCUCUUGACCGGCCUCAUCGCCGAGCUCGGGAUCCUCAUCGCUUCCCUAGACAUGGUGGCUCCUAUUCUCUCCAUGUUCUUCCUGAUGUGCUAUCUUUUUGUUAACUUGGCGUGUGCUGUGCAGACUCUGCUGAGAACCCCCAACUGGAGACCCCGGUUCAAAUACUACCACUGGGCUCUGUCCUUCCUGGGGAUGAGCCUCUGUCUGGCACUCAUGUUCAUCUCGUCCUGGUACUACGCAUUAGUGGCAAUGGUGAUCGCUGGCAUGAUCUACAAGUACAUUGAAUACCAGGGAGCGGAGAAGGAAUGGGGUGAUGGUAUCAGAGGCUUGUCUUUAAGUGCAGCCCGCUAUGCCUUGCUGAGAUUGGAAGAUGGCCCUCCUCAUACAAAGAACUGGAGGCCCCAGCUGCUUGUGCUGCUGAAGUUAGAUGAGGACCUGCAUGUAAAAUACCCCCGACUGCUGACGUUUGCAUCCCAGCUGAAAGCCGGGAAAGGCCUCACAAUUGUGGGAUCAGUGAUCCAAGGCAAUUACCUGGAGACCUUUGGAGAGGCGCAGGCUUCAGAACAGGCCAUUAAGAACAUGAUGGAGAUUGAAAAGGUGAAAGGCUUUUGUCAAGUGAUCGUAGCCAAUAAGGUGCGUGACGGGAUCGCUCAUUUGAUUCAGUCCUGUGGACUGGGCGGCAUGAAACACAACACAGUGGUGAUGGGCUGGCCCUACGGAUGGAGGCAGAGCGAGGACCCACGAGCCUGGAAAACAUUCAUCAACACAAUUCGUUGCACUACGGCAGCUCACUUGGCUUUGAUGGUGCCGAAGAACGUCUCCUUCUACCCGAGCAACCAUGAGCGCUUCACUGAGGGCCACAUGGACGUGUGGUGGAUCGUGCACGACGGGGGCAUGCUAAUGCUGCUGCCAUUCCUGCUGAAACAGCACAAGGUGUGGAGAAAAUGUAAGAUGCGUAUUUUCACUGUCGCGCAAAUGGAUGACAACAGCAUUCAGAUGAAAAAGGAUCUUGCCACGUUCCUCUACCAACUCCGAAUAGAGGCGCAGGUCGAGGUGGUGGAGAUGCACAACAGUGAUAUCUCAGCGUACACGUACGAACGGACCCUGAUGAUGGAACAGAGGUCCCAGAUGUUACAGCAGAUGCGCUUAUCCAAUGCAGAGAGGGACAGAGAGGCUCAGCUGGUGAAGGACCGGCACUCUUUGGUCCGCAUGGGGAGUCUGUACUCCGAUGAAGAGGAGGAGGUGGUGGAGAGCGUUCCUGAGAAGAUUCAGAUGACCUGGACAAAGGACAAGUACGAUGCCGAGAGGAGGAACAGGCACAGCGCCCCGCAGAACUUCCGAGAACUGAUCAGUAUUAAACCGGACCAGUCGAACGUGCGCAGGAUGCACACAGCGGUGAAGCUCAACGAAGUGAUAGUCAAUAGAUCCCACGAUGCCAAACUGGUGCUGCUCAACAUGCCCGGGCCGCCAAGGAACUCGGAUGGAGAUGAAAACUAUAUGGAAUUCCUGGAGGUGUUGACAGAGGGUCUGGAGCGAGUGCUGCUGGUGCGAGGAGGGGGCAGAGAAGUCAUCACCAUCUACUCCUGAAACACCAGCAUUAUUAUUACACACACCCCAGGCUGGGAGACCCACUGCACUUUUUUUUUGCCAGUAGAAUUGAAGACAUUCCAAAUUAGGACAGAAAAAAAGGAGAAAUUUAACAAACUUUUUUUUUAAAUUUGCCAAUACAUUAGAAGUGUGAUUGGUCAAGCUCAUAGCUUUCUUUGAAUGACUUUAUUGCCUCUAUUCUAUCCUGAGUACAGAAUACAUAUCCUUAGAUCGACUGUUGAGAAGAAUGGUCAUCUCUGGCAGAUUUCAAGAUGUAGCAGCUGAAACUGAAGAUAUUGUUGGUGGGAAGGAGUUGCAGUACAGAGCUGUGUAAUGUGAUUAAGGGAGUGCUUUUAUAUUUAUGCACAGCUAAAACACUGCAGACCAGAACGAGUCCCAUCAAGUGUUUCCAAGAUCGACACUAACUUUACGUGAGUCCCCUCAUGGCAGUACAUGUUUCUUAUACUGCUGAAUGUCACUUUUCUUGGUAUGGGUUUGUUUUUAACAGUUUUAUUAGAAAAGACCAUUUAUGUUUUCAUAGUAAUCAUGGUUUAUUAUGCUAGCCGAGAAGCUAAACUGUUAAGGUGGGGUUUGCCGUCUUUCUGCAAGCUACAAAAAAAUCUGAUUUUAUUAUUUAUUUGCUAAAAACUCCCAAAACAAAGUUGGAUAAAAUACCAGUUGUCUUGGUAAUGAGCAGAGAUGAUCUGGUGUGUUUGUUUUUCAGUAGGGGUGAGUGAGUGUUUGGACAGCAUUUCCAGGUAAUGCUUGGUUUAGUCAGUAUGUGGCUUCUGUAGAGUAUAAUGGUGGAUUGUCCAUUCAGCCAAGGUAGAACUGAAAUCUGCUUUUGUAUCUACAGCUUUUAAUUCUAGAAUUCAUUGAGUUACAUUAUUGUUGACUUGGAUAGGCUUAUACUUUAAAUUGCACCAAAUAUAGAAAAACAAGCAGAUUCUUUUUACCCAAUAAAGCAUUAUAGACAA